AUUAUGUAGGUACUUGUACAUAACUUGGACCCGCAUUAUGUUACGAAACACACGCCAUAGAACCUACUUGCGGCCGUAGGUAUUACAGCUUGGUUUCACUAUCAUUUGUCGUGGAUUCGUCAGUAGUCACUUCAUUGUAAAUUGUCUGUAAAACCAUAAUAAACUGCAAGGUCGUGUCGCGUAGUGGGGAUCGGCACAUGACGAUUUUACGAUUGCACCUAGUUAGUUAGUUUUCAGUUAAUAGAGAGAAGAGCGCAUAGGGCUUGCUUAGUUCAUCAAUCAAGAGCUACCUAUCCACUUACGAGUUACGAUAGAAAGUGAAAACAAUAGUUACCUACUCUUCCUAUCGUAUGAGAAACUAAGAAACAGUUCAUAGUAAUAUAGUGGAACUCAAAAAAAUUAAUAACAAAAGAUAUUUUUAUUUAAUGUUGGUUUCGUUUGGAAUAUUUAUUCAGUUGUGCCUCGUGAACCUGCGUGCUAGAGUUGUCUCGUAGUUAAGUUAAACUUCGACGACAGUUGAGGAAAACUUUAACGAAUGAGUCUUACUUUUUUUGUUAAGUACAUAAAAUAGAAGAGUUACUAAAAUGAAAUAGUUUGUACCUUAAUUGGGGGUUUUAAACGUAACGGGUUUUCAUUUAAAACAGGAAUGGUGGUGUAAAAUAUGGACCUACCGUACUUUUGCAUUGGUAUAAGUGUUAACUGUAUCUAUACGAGUGACUGAUUAGUAGGGGUGUGUUAAAAAAAUGAUGCCAUACGGUAUUGUCGUGAUGUUAACAACAUUAUCAUUAGCAAUAUAUAGCGAAUCGAAAUGCGCGCAACAUCAGUCGCAAACGUUUGUGCGAUGGUCAGGAAUGGCCCCCGAUCAAGCCACUCCUGUGUUCGUGUACUCCGCCAGUGGAGGCGAGGAGUCCUUGACUGGGGCCUGCCUCGCCCAGUGCCGAGAUCUGCCGGACUGUGCGGCGGUUGUCAUCGCUUACACCAAAGGGACCUGCCAAGGAGUUGCGAGUUCAGAUACGACGGAAUUUCGUGCGGACAACGACGUCGUUUAUUUCAACAAAGUUUGUUUAAAAUUGCCAGAAAACUGUGAAAAGCGAUGGUGGUCCCUAGAAAGUACUCCAGGGUAUUAUUUGAACUCAGAAGAUACACACUCCAAAGUAUUACUCAACACAACCGUUCAGCAGUGCUACGAUGCAGUUUUCUCUACCAAUGAAAAAAUUUAUCGAUCAGCACAAUGGAUAGACCCAAGGAGUCCUAUAGACACAUUUGCUCUCUCAGACAAAGUUGUCGGCAACUGUAUCUUGAAUAUUGAAAACAAAUUCACGGAACCCGAAUCCUAUCGCGUGUCGAACUACUAUACGUUCUACAUUGAGAACCAGUGUGGCCAUGACUAUCCGAGAAAGAUAGAUCGAUGUUCAUACGAAGAAUAUUACAAUCAAACCAUUAAACACGUAGAUCUGACUGCUCAUAAUUACACCAAAUCCGAGUGUAAAUCUGCAUGCGAAGCUGAAAAACGGUUCGUGUGUCGAGGGUUUACUUGGACUGCGACGUCGACUCGCGGCCUGUGCGACCUGCAUAGCGAAGACCUGGUCACCACUGGCUCGUGGCUGCUGCGGAGAGUGUCCGGCGCCACCUACUACCGCAGGGUUAUAUGCCUUAACAUAAGCGUAGAAUGUGAAGGCUCGCAUCUCGUGGUAACAUACAAGCCGCGGGUGCUGUUCCGCGGGCGCAUGUACGUGCCCGGGCGUGGUGACCACUGCAGCGCACGUGCUCUUACUCCAACCUCACCAGUCAGACUUGCUCUGCCUAUGUACGGGGACUGCGACGUCAACUUUGCUUACGCGAUCACGAAGGGACCGAAUGGAAAUGUGAAUAGAACGAUGGCGUACGUAAUGCUGAUGAUCCAGAACAACCCAAUCAUACAGACUGCUGGAGACCGCUGGGUGCGAGUGGGCUGCUCGCCGGGCGCCGGCGCCAGGGGCUACACCAAAGUCGACGCGACUGUCGCAGUGCAAGACUCAGGGCGUCCAUCACUAGCGAGCGAGGCGUCUACCGCGCAAGGCGCUAACCAAGGCGCCAGCGCGGUGUUCGACAGCAACACGGCGCCGCUCUCCAUGUACGUGGUUCGCGCGCACGGCGACGCCGGCGCCACCGCCGUGUCACUCGGCGAACUGCUCGAACUUAGAAUUGAAACGACAGAGGAAUCUGAAAUAGAAGCGUACCACUUGGUGGCGUCGUCGAGAUUGGGCGACAGUUCUGUUUUGCUGUUGGACAGCAGAGGCUGCCCUACUGGCCAGGUAGAUUUUCCGUCCUUCACAAGAUCUCGCCUAGGAGGUACGCAACGUCUAUCAGCAAGGUUCAAAGCCUUCCGUUUCCCUACUUCCCAUGUGAUACGAUUCGCUAUAAUGGUGCGCUUCUGCGAGGAGAAAUGUCUACCGAUAAUUUGCGGAAGUAUGGAACAAUUAAGGAAUGCUAGAAAUACAAACGACACUUACGACAUACCAAACGCCAGAAUUGCAGAGACUUUCAAUUACGAUGUGGCGUGGGCUCCUCAAGUGGUAGCGCAGGGAGGCAGGGCGGAGUGUGCGGGAGGCGCGGGCAGAGUGCCCCUUGAGCUGGAAAUGGUGGUGGGAUCGCGCGACAUCCUCUCUGCAGACACACUUGUUCGAGCUGACCACCGCUCUGCACUGCCAGAGGAAGCGGCUACGCAAAUGAGCGAGAGCGCAAUGGUGUGCAUCCACGAACUGCUGCUGGUAGCGCUUGUGCUCCUUUGGCUGGCUGUACAAGUACUGCUCCUCAUUGGUUGUUGCGUUCUCGUGAAGAGGUACAGAAAUCUAGCUGAGAUGAACAUGCAGAAAGACUACCAGUCGUUCGACAACGUUGGCUUCGACACCAUCUCCACUCACCGACGUGUUCACUGGCCGGACCAAAACAUUGACAUUAUACACGCCUCGUAACAAUUAUUUUAACUUUUAAAGAGCCUAGCAUGUACACAUUGGCCCAAUAUACUCGGCAAACAUGUGCACGGCCACUUGGCAUACUUUUCGUGCGUGUGGCCAGCACGCUGACGCUUGACGUCUCUUGUGGGUUUUCAUACAAACAUCAAAGGAUGUCGGAAAUAGCGUUUAUACAUUGACCAGCACUUGGCGAAUGCAUUGGGUCAACGUGUAUGUGAGCUUUCAAAUAUAUUUUUUAAUUUUUUAACCACUAAAGAAAUGUUCAUAAUUUAUUAAUUUCUCUUUAAAUAUAAACAUAGAAUUAUAGGUACUUUUCUUUAUUACUUUGCUGGUUCACUUUAAAGCUCCAUUCAGAUGAGUAGUAAAAAAUUGCAGAAGCGGAGCAAGCAUAAAUUUUUUUAUGAUGUCCGAUACCGUUAGGUAAUACUGAAUGCAAAAAUAAAAUUAAUAUACUGACACAACCUUUGUACAAUUUAAAUAUAUCUACAAAAAAUAUACUUACAAAAAUGUUGACAA